ACAGACGAAAAUGAGUACAAAAGCAAGAAUCGGCACAAUUAUAGGCAUAAACGAGUUAAAAAACUAUCAUGUGCUGGCGCGACAAAUGCUCUCAGAAUUUCUGGGAACUUUUUUGUAUUUAUCCUUAAUUUUGCUCACGGGUACUAGUUUGAAUCAAGGCCCGACUGGCAGUGCCUUGGCGAACGGCCUUCUCAUUUCCAGCAUUAUCCAGUUCACUGGCCAUAUCUCUGGUGGGCAUUUGAACCCGGCUAUCACCUUUGGGGUGAUGGCCAACGGUCAAAUUACGAUGGUCAGAGGUGCUUGUUAUAUCGCAGCGCAGAUACUUGGCUCCAUAGUAGGUUCAUCAGUGGCUUAUGCCGUCACAGUAUCUUCAUUAAGGAGUACGCUGGGUACGACUGUUCCGAAUCCAAAUUUAAGAGCAGAACAAAUCUUCGCCAUAGAAUUUUUGAUCACAUUCAUUUUAGUGGCGGUCGUGUUAAGCGUUAUCGACCCAAACCGAGGAUUUGCUGGCAUCGGCUCUGGUGCUUUCGCUAUUGGCCUCAGUAUUACCGGCUGCCAAUGUUCUUGUCUACCUUACACUGGAACUCUGAAUCCCAUCAGGUCUUUAGGACCCGCUGUAUUAAUGAAUUCGUGGGAUUCCCAUUGGGUGUACUGGGUUGGGCCAAUUUCGGGUGGCGUAGCCGCUGGUUUGGUCUACAGGUUUUUGUUAAGACCCAAUUGGAAGAACGUUGGCAAUUAUGAAGAAUGAUUUAUUACAUAUUUAUUUCGUUUUUGGAAUAACUGCUUUUUUUUUUAAUAACUUCGAUUAAUUAUUUCGUGGUUUUUCUUUUCAAUGCUCUUUAACCUCAUCCAUAUUUUAUUUCUGAGACCUAUGUUCUACUUCCCCGUGCCUUCGAAUUCCUCUACGGAAAUGCAUGCCUUACGUACGUGUUUAAGACUGCGGCAAUGAAAGGCUAACGUUGUGUAUUAAAUAUUUAUUUAUUUAUUUAUUGCUUAGAUGGGUGGACGAGCUCACAGCCAACCUGGUGUGAAGUGGUUACUGAAGCUCAUAGACAUCCACAACGUAAACGCGCCACCCACCUUGAGAUAUAAGUUCUAUGGUCUCAAGUAUAGUUACAACGGCUUCCCCGCCCUUCAAACCGAAACGCAUUACUGCUUCACGGCAGAAAUAGGCAAGGUGGUGGUACCCACCCGCGCGGACUCACAAGAGGUCCUACCACCAGUAAUCAAAUCUAUAGAGGUGAAUAACGUCGCUCUUAAAUAGAUACUAGUAGCUUAUUCGAUUUGCCUAAUACCUUGUCAUCGCUUGAGAUCGUGAGAUCAUAAGCUAUCCGGUAUUAAAUAAUACGGCCACGCUUGAGAUAUCGGUCUAAGUAUCAAUGCAUAACCGCUAUCCCAUCCUUCAAACCACAACGGAUCAUUCCUUGUCUAUACUAAUAUUAUAAAGAGGAAAGAUUUGUUUGUUUGUUUGUUUCGAAUAGGCUCCGAAACUACUGGACCGAUUUGAAAAAUUCUUUUUCCAUUAGAAGCCGACAUUGUCCCUGAUGAACAUAGGCUACUUUUUUUAGUUUUUUUUUUUUUGGUUUCAUGUGUGUUUUAAUGUUUCCGAAGCGAAGCAAGGGCGGGUCGCUAGUAUCAGAUAUAGGCAGGAUGCAAACGGUAGGUAACUAUGGCAAUUUGCUUAUGUAAUACUCCGGUAAAUUCCUUAGUCAACAGUUACGACACUGAUUGAAUAAAUCUGGUGGUGCUAUUCUAGACAACCGCAGUGUCAAAAUAAAAUAUAUUUUUCCUUUAAA